AGUAAGUAACAAUAUUUGAUAUAAUUUUUACUAGUAUGUAAUAUGUCUUUAACAGGGCUGUUCCAACCGCAGCUUUCUCUAGGUAGGCUUUAAAAGGUCUUGGUUUUAAUCCUUGACUCCCCCUAUAAAAGUAACAAAAAAUGUUUAACAUGCAGUAUAUACUGACGAAUUUGUAAGCCUUUCAAACACACAGCAACGCCGCCUUGAAUCACUUAACAUGUCGCCCCGUGUAAGGGAAUAUCCCUGAAUAUCUUGAACAUUUUUGCUCAUGGAGUCUAAAAUCCUGGCCUUGGAAUCCGGAAUACAGCUGUAGAAAUCCGGAAUCCUUCUAAAGAUCGGCAUCAUACGGAAUCCAGUCUCUACUGAUUAAGAAUCUGGAAUCCCGUUCCUGGAAUCCGAAAUCCACAGCAUGGAAUCCAGAAUCUAAGGCAGUCUUGGAUUCCCUUAUAUCGGGCGGGGUGAAAAUUUGUCGUCUAAACACUUUUAUCAGAGAGGGUAUUAAAUCUAGCGCGCAUCCUCAUUUAUUUUAAACCUCACAAUCUUAGCUGAAAGAAGGGUAGAAUCGUGUGAACAGAGGUAAAAGGAAUACGCAAUGCCAUGUAUUCGUUUAUAGAAGAUCUGGUGUGAACAUGGCCUUGAUUUUUGUGGGAACGUCGUCUGACUUAGCCUCUUAAAAUGUCUGGGAGCCUGUCUUCCAUCAAAUUAUUUCCUUUCAAGAAAAAAAAAUCAAAGUAUCUUGAAUUCUAGUGGACGAAGAUGAUGAUGGAUUUAAUCUCAUUCAGCCAUCGCUGAUCCAGCAGUUGAAGACCAUCCUAGAUCAAUACCCUGACGAUGGACAGAUAUUGAAGGUAAGAAAUGUGGAACGCUUAAAGUGCAGAUCCGAAUUUUGACGGAUUCUUGCUUUCAGGUUUAAGACGAAGUGCAAUUCGCGUGAAUCGGAUAAAACUAGCGGACUCAAUGCUCAUAAAGAAAUUUGAAGGAAAAAAAUUACGAAUUUUUAAGAAAAUGCUUUUUUCGUGAGAAAGACUGUUAAACACUGUUCAACGCUGACAAACGUAAACAAAUAGCUAAAACUAUAAUUUCUAUCUGUUUGCAUUGCUCGAAAUCGCGCGCAUUUACAAGGCCCUGAAGCUUUUUGCUGACUUGCAAGGACCCAUCUGUUAUAAAGAUCCCCAAAAUAAAGGGAUAGACCUCAUAGUUUAUUAGAUAUAAUCGUGUAAAGUUUCCUUAUCAUUUUCACAUAAAUUAUGACCUAAAUUUGGAAACCGCUGAAUUUCUCGCAUUGGGUCUUUGCGAUUUUGGUGAAACUCUGUUCAACGCAAGGCACUAAUGCGCACUAUACGUAGCCGAGAGAUUUUCACGAAAAAAUGCCAGCAACAGCAGAAUUUCGACUCAGACCCCAAAGAGGCGUGGCACUAUGACCACGUGACAUUUACUUCGAUUGCCAAAACAUUUAUGCUAUAUUGUAGAUUGAUCUAUAUGUUAUCCAUGCUAUAUGUUAGACUUACGAUCAAAGUAAAGGUGGGGAUAUCUGAGAGCUUCAAAGUAGGAUGGUACGCCCACAAAAUAACUGGGUCGAGUCAUCUUAACUCCUCUUCAAUCGCUCUCUUCAGUAUUGUACUCUUCUGCUGACUCGCAGGGCUUGUCCGCGUAGGAAUUACUUCUUGAUAUAUAGCCUCUUCGCUGGCUUGCGUAGUUGGGUCAUAAUUUUCUACUUCUUGUUGGAAUUUUUGAUGGAUAUUCAGCAAAAACUCAGGAAUAAAAGUCCAAGAGUCGUCAGAAUAGACAUGCAAUUGCUGGUUUUCAGUGUCACGCCAUUCAAAAUAGAUCAAAAUAAAAAUCACAACCGUUCAAUAGAUAACGUCCAGAAUCUGGGAAAUAAAAGGACGUACAUAUAAAAAGACCCUUGCCAAGAUUCAGGUCAGAGGGAUAUUUCGUAUACGAGAUAUCCGAAGAAAUGUUUUACCCAAACUUAUAGAGAUUUGUAUGGAGACGCCAUGCUGGUGCUCACCUGGAUGAGCUCCAACAUGGCGGACGGAAACCAAGAGAAACAUCUGUUAGCGAGUUUUGCUACAAAAGCGUGAAUUUAUUCUUCAAGAAACUCAUAAACAUUAUGUAGUACUUUUUCUAAUACCUGAACUGUUUAGAUAGCAAAAUUUCCUGAAAGAAGUCAUUUUUUAAACCUACAUGACAGCUUUCUUGGCCGUCAUGUAAAUGCCGCGUCACGCCAAAUUUUAGAAAUUCAAGCUUUCUCUAUCAGAAAACCAAGAACCCUUUUGAAGCAAAAAUUUGUAUGAAAAUUAGUUUUCAGCUGCUCUAAUGCAUCGUGAAAGUAAAAUCUCUGUUGGAUCGAUAGUUUUUAGUUUGAAUUUUAGUGACGUUAUGUGAAAACCAACAAUUGACAGGCUUUCAAGAGUGAGACAUCUUAUUUAGUCAGGAAGAUGAUGGUGGUUCAAAAGCAACAAUGACGAACAACCAGGACGGCAAAAAAACUAGGUUUGAAUUAGCAAAACGAUAGUUUUGCACGAGCAUCACGCCUUUUGGACAUUUCUUUGCCAUCAUUGCACGACCCUGACUUCCUAAACUUUCUAAUUUCACGUUGUUGGAGGAUGUAAACUCAAGAUAACGAUUUUCGACUUUUUUAAAACUUAGAUACAGUUUUUUAGAAUUUAACUGCAGCCACGUGAAAAGGCGGCCAUGUUGGGGCUCAAUACAAUAGAUUUUUUUCUAGAAUAAUUUACAUGAAAAAAUAGUUCCCAGAGGAGGGAAAUGCUUUUGUUCUGACCACCAACAUGGCCGCUGUGACGUCACGUGCGAACCAAAAAUAAUGAAACUAGCAGUUAACAAAGCAACUGAGUUGACUGGUUUGUGAGCUAGGACCGUGCUAUUAUUCAGCUGGUUUUUAUUCUAAAGUUUGCCUUCGUGCCCAUAAUGCUUCUAGGCCUUUCGAGAAAAGGAUAGAUGAGGUGGAAAGGGAUGAGACAAUGUGAGAUAAGAUAAGGCCUAGACCAAACGUUGAACUUUUUCAUUAGUAAGAACCAAACUCUAAUUUGGGUCGACCAAAAUUUGGUUAAGAUCCUCUGUUGGGUCAGACGUCUACUUAGGAGGCGUCAAACCAAUCAACAGAAUAGAUCUAUUCGGCUAACUCAAUGUUGUACCCGUUUCAAAUCUCCUGGGGUUAAGAGUCUUUGUGUGUUGUAUUUGCAUUGUGUUGUGGCAUUCACAUUUAAAUUAUAUGGAAAUUCCUGAAACAAAACGUUUUAUUCCCAAAGGGUUUGAAUUAGGUACAACAUUGAGUUAGCCGAAUAGGUCCAUCAGAUCAGUAACAAAUUUUUCUUCCAAACGAGGCUAAAUAUAUAUGAUCAUUCAAAUUUUCAAUUUAUCAGUUUAGCUGGUCGCAUAUGAAGAUCGACCUUUUUCUCGGGAGAAGAUCUUUAGACGUUCUAUCCUUCUGGAGCAGACAGACGUGUUUGACGAUCCAGACUCAUUCAGACGAACUUAACUUAGCCAGACGUCACAUUUUUCAUGAACUUAACCCAAGUGUGGUUCGUCUCAUGAAAAGUUCGAUGUAACCUAGUCCUAAGUUGGGAAUAGAGGAAUAAGAUAAGAGUAGUAAGAUGAGGUGGGACGAGAUGAGAUGAUAAAGGAUGGAAAGAUUCUUAAUGAAUUAUGACGAGACACAAUGGGAUAGGAUGAGAAUUAAGGACAAAGAUGAGAUGAAGUAAUGUGAGACGGGAAAAGAUGGGAUAUGCGAUGAAUGAUUUUGCUAAGAAGAAAAGGACACAACAAACACGAGAUGUGAUUAGAUGAGACAAAAGAUAGCAGCAAAUGGAUUACGUAAUAAGACAAGAUAGAUUAAUCAAUUAGGUAAAAAAAUAAGAUGAAAUUAUAAAUAGUAGUGCCGUCUUGGAGAUGCCAUAAGGUGGAGUUAAUAGCGAGCUUUCGCAGCGACGACGGCUACCGCAACAGGACCUUCCAAAAGCACUGGGUUUGAUCAGCAAAACAACAGCUAUGUAGGUGCAUAACCCCUUUUUGUGCACUUCUUUGCCAUCACUGCAUGACUACGACGUGAAAUUCCCCAAGCGACAGUUUAUGGAGAACUUAAACACAAGACGACAAGUUUCUCUUUCCCUCUCUAACCUUGGGUGGGGUCCCCAAGAAUUCACUUCAGGGAAAUUCACCCACAUUUGAGCUUGGAAACCCGCCGGAAAGUUUGAAAAAAGCAAAGUUUUUUUUUUUUUCAAUAGUGACGUUUUCACUGCCGUAGCCGUCGUCGUUGCAAGAGCUCCCUUAUAAUCAUCAUUCAGGGUGGUAAUGUGUGAGAUAGAAGAAGCGGCUUGGUUUGAAGUAUUCAGUGGCUGAUAGUGCAGUUUAGGCCUCCUCUAUUUUAAUGUCGUUUGUGUAUUAGGAGCUCAUCCAAAAUGCCGAGGAUGCAGGAGCAACUCAAGUGAAAUUCCUCCAUGACCUGCACAGCUAUGGAACAGAAAAACUGCAUAGCGAAGGACUUGCCCAGUUCCAGGUAAUCUGUGAAUACCCGAUUUAGUAAGCAAUUCCUUAUUACCAGAUGUGACUUAAUUGUUUGCUAUAACUGUCAUGAGUCAGAUUUAAGUACGAGACAUACUAGCAAUGCAACUCUAAGUUAUACCCCGUGGCGCAGGCGUCACGCAAACGGGCAAUUUCUGUAUUUUUUAUUUAUUACAAAAAAAAAAACAGCAACAUAGAUUAUUCUUUCACGUCUAACUCAGUAAAACUGCUAAGUUUCCUUAGGAGUCGUCGGAAACUAACGGAAAAAAUAUAUCCUUAGCAAGAAAUGUAUUGCGUCUGCACGCCAUAUAUUUCCUUGUAAAAUCCCCCAUGUUGGGCCUCCAACAUGGGGAAUUUUUGUCGGGGGGUGUCUAUUCGUUUUCGACAAAUCCUCAUGAAGUUCGCAGACUUAUUAAAUUUCACAUUAUAAACUGAUCUUAAGAGGUGUUUUGGGGUCUAUAUUAACAAUACGAAUAAUUGCAAACAUUGCGUGCAUAUGAAAAAAACUCCUCAGGUCUUAAAGUCCGCUCCGUGCGGUUUUCUUUGUACGCAUGGUGUUUCAUAUAUCAUUUUAUAAAUGAUUUCCUGCAGGGCCCAGCACUCUACGCGCACAACAAUGCCACGUUCACCAAAGAGGACUGGAAAGGAAUCAGGAUGCUCUGUGACAGUAUAAAAGUCAAAGAUCCGAUGAAAGUUGGUCGGUUUGGCCUCGGUUUCAAAUCGGUGUUUCACGUCACAGGUGAGAUAACUAUUAUGUAUUUAUCAGAACUCGACUGAUCAUUUCGUAAUUAUGGCAGCAAAAGAGUUUUGUGACACUGUCUUUUUAAGAAAACCAUCUAAAGGUUUGAAAUUUUGGCGGCAAAUGUUAGAAAAACAUCCGAGACAAUUUUUGCGGCCCAUUGAAAAAUGAAAAUAUUUCCUAAUAUCACUAGGGGGCAAAUUACGCUAGCAAUCGUGAGGUAAUGUAUCGAGCGAAAAGUCCACAAACUGAAGCUUGCAAAUACAGCCGUUUCUCCUCCCCGCUGGGGGCACGUCGCGAAAAGUCCUUAGAUGCGAGCUAGGUGCAAAGAGAGACGGCUACAAUCGCAGGCUACACAAACCAAUAAGAUUAGAGCAACCAUUUUGGCUUAAGUUCACAAGGGUCUGAAUUUUUGGACAAAACAUUAUUAUUAAAUUAUUCUUUCCAUGUACAAACGGUGAUCUUUCGAUUGUUUAGGUUUGCUACACCGUCUUGUAAUGGCUGCCCUAACAUAUUUAUUUGUAGGAUACUUAAACGUGGACGCUGAGAUUGCGGUAACAAUUUUUUUCGCUCCAAAAUUAUCAAGUAAUUUGUCGUCCUUGAUAUUAUACCCACUACUUUGUAUACUUUAUUUAUCUUUAGAUCUACCGAGUAUAUUAAGCGGUUCACAAAUCGGUGUUAUAGACCCACACGAGGAGUACUUUACCGAAGGGAGAAAUCGACGAACAGGUUACAGCUGGAAAGUAAAUGACAAUCGUUACGUCAUGGACAAUAUACCAGACCAAUUCGCGCCUUACAAUGGAGUAUUUGACAGCAAAGACGAUGUUUUCUCCAGAGGCUGGUACAACGGUACUCUAUUUCGCUUUCCACUACGACGCCGUCCCUCUGACCUUUCUCAGACUCUCUAUUCCGCUGAAAAGGUACACACAUUAUUUGAAGGAUUCAUGGCUGACGCACACUUGAUCCUCCUUUUCCUACAACAUCUGGAAUCUGUAGAGUUGUACGUCCGUGGAGAGUACGACGAUCAACCAAGAAAAACGUUUCAAGUUCGAAUCACAGAUGAAAGCCUUAAUUUGGUACGAGAAAAGAGGAAGGAGUUUCACAAUAAGAUCUCCACUGGCAGGCUUUUGCCCCAUCCUGUCCAAGUAAGCUAUCCCAUCACGGUUGUGACUGCGCACUUUUCGCAAGGCUCAGAAACCACACAGACUCAUUCGUUUCUUGUAACCAACUACUUUUGUGGCCAGGAGGUGUCAUCUGACUUUCAAAGCCUGGCCAAAGAUCUUAGCUACUUACCCUUAGUUGGUGUGGCUAUGGCACUCGAGCCUACCCCAGCGUUUAAAGGCCACGUGUUUUGUUUCCUACCGUUACCAGUACAAAAAACAAGCCUUACAGGUUUGCCGGUUCAUGUGAAUGGCUUCUUUGCCUUGAGUCAGAACAGAAGUUAUAUCAAGUUUCCAAAUGCAGAACAAGAGGAUCAGGAGAGCAACGGUCGUCCGUUAACUGACAAGUCACUCUUAUGGAAUAGGUAUCUUUUGGAGGAGGCUCUACCCAAAGCAUAUGCAGCGAUGCUACUAGAAGCCAUCAACGAAAACAGCUACAAUAUACAAGAAGAGACCGUUUACAGGUAAGUUUAAAAUGCACCGCUUCUGAAAUGAGAUACCUUAGUUUCUUUAUCGGCGCAAAAGGGAAAAUAAUUGCAAGAAAGUGGCAUUACUUUAGCUAGUUCUCCCUUCAUGCCUCACUCUUCUGCGUAGUACGGCUAUAAGUACUUGGAACAUAGAGUACAAUUUUUUUUUUCUAUUAACUUGACCCGUACAUUCUAAUAUUUGGAAUGUAAGAACGUUUUUAGCCGCCUAUUCAGCAAAAUAGGUUGGUUCAGGGUUUUACCAUGUUUAUAAGCCACACAUUUUUGCCGUCAAUAUUGACAUAUGGUUUAAGGUUCCGGGUGCAAAUAGUGCAUUAACUGAUUUCAGAUUUCGCAUACUGCAUUCUGUAGGGCAUGGCCUAAUACCGAUGCCAUCGAUCAAAAAUGGAAGAGAUUGCAGAAUCCGUUGCUCCAGACCUUGUGCUCGGCAAAUGUGGUAUACACUAAAGCUAGUGGGGGAAAGUGGCUUAAAGUGGAAGACGCUAUCUUAGACAGACUUGAAGAACACCAGCCGAAGGAGUUGCUCGUCAACGUGUUGCUAGAAGCACAUCAAAAUGUUGCCACUUUACCUGCCUACGUGUUAAAGGCAUUUACCGCCUGCGGUAAACCAGUCAUCAACGAGAUUACUCCCAUGUUGGUUAGGCAAAUCCUCAAGCAAAGUCCUUCAAGCUACAGGAACCUUGGGCGAAUGGAAAAGUUGAACCUUCUAUCGUUCAUCAUAAACUGUACAGACGAGAACUUCGCAGACCUAAUUGGAGUGGAGCUGCUGCCCGUAUCCAGUGGUUCCUUUAAAUACUUUGCAUCCUUCUCAAACUGUGAUGAAACAGUGUACGUCUGUUCACCCGAUCAUCCAAGAAAAAUGUUUCCUUGUCUAGACCAUCAGUUUCUGGAUCAAGACCUGGACCAAAGUCUUUUAGAAAUUUUGCAGAAAGUUGCAAAGAAAGGUAUGAGCGAUAUAAAAAUAUUUUGGAAUUACUAAAGGCUAUUUUGUCUACUUCAGCCAAGAUAAUCUAGAAGUAAUUCCACUAUUUGGCGAAUUAAAAUUAUAUUUAGCUCUAAACUUCUCAGGGCAUUGAGUGGAGUUUUUAGAGUAUUUCGUUAUUAAUAACCAAUAGCUUUGUUUUGAAUGUACUCAGAAACUACUUCUUCCUUUUUUGCAUUGAGUUAUUAAUCAAAUCAAGGAAAUAGAAAGAAAGACUAUAACAGCCGGCGGCGUGUGACAGUGUUGACCUCAGACUAGAAUCUCUAUUGCUUUAACGUGGUUACCGAAUUCAAAGAAACAUGCUUUUUGGUACUUUCACGAAUUCUACACGAGCAGUGAUUGGUCGUAAACAUCCAAAGGCGACAUAGCAUAGAACUUGGCGCACAGAUUUGAAAACGUUAGGAAGCUCUUGUGUUACUUAAUGUUCUACUAUAAUUGAACAUCAUUUGGGAUUUAUAAGGGUACAGCACCGUAAAGUAGUAUCUACAUGAUAAGCAUAGUCUUCCUCGACAAUGCAGGUACCUAACAUGUUAUAGCGCUAAGCUCGGUGUAACGAGCAGUUUUCGGGGGCGAUCUUAUUGUGCGAUUUUUUUCUGCUAUUUUAGCUUGAUCCAUUUGCUAUUUAUGGGAAAUAAGUAUUUUUUUCAUCAACGUCUUUAACAAUAAACUUACGCUCAUUACUUGUAGAUGAAUAUGUUGGAGAAAAACGUGCCGCGCAACCAAUCACGCGAUAAACUCGCCCUUGAAUCUUAAACGGCAUUUCAGAUAUGCACUGUUCAAACCUUCAAAAUGUGACGUGAAUUUUAAGUGGGGGCUACAGUGAAAAAGAAAUUAUUUCCUUUACUGUUUAAAUAGGAUGCACCCAGUUAAAGCUUCUUAGUGGAGACGACGUGGCUUCCCUUCUUUCAAAAUCGUUGCCACCAGAGUGGUCACAAGACGAAAAAAUUUUAUGGUAUCAUGGAUCGGAUUCCCACAACCAUCCAGGAUUCGACUGGCUUGAGCUCGUUUGGAAUUACUUAAGGACGAAAUUUGCUACAAACGAUGGGCUCCGCGGGUUCACAGGUCUCCCCUUGAUUCCACAUGACAUGUCACAAGUACCAAUCAGCCUUGCUAGGCUUCAACAUCCUUCUAAGAUAAUUGUGAAAAGUCUCUACGAUGAAUUUCUCGACGAAACGCUGCUGCAGUCCUUGAAAGACCUUGGUCUAGUUAUCAUUCAAGAGUGUCCAUAUUACCUAACCCUUCACCCGGCGGUCAUCAAUGCAUUUAUUUACCCGCCAUCACCACAUGGAGUCUUGAAGGCGCUAUCGGCUUGUUCAUCGGUUGUAGAAUCUAACAAGCAUUCACUGACAGACGAAGGCAAACGGUCCUUAAGGAAGUUCUUUUCCAAAGAAUCGUCGCUAGAACCUCAAGCAAAGCAGCUUCUCCGUACCCUUCCUUUGUUUGAGACGUUAAACAAAUCUUUUGUUUCUGGGGAGCAAGAUCUUUGUGCAGCUCCACCAGAAGGUUCUUAUCCCGCACAUCCGCGCAGGGAUCUGAUCGACGUCACAGAUGAUGACUCGAAGAAGUUGGCGCAUCUGCUAGACAUCAGAUGUUUAUCACCGAUAGAGUUUUUUCUCGAAGUUGUAUUUCCAGAUGUCAGAGGAGGGAAUUAUUCUAAAGGAGAGCUCGACAGGAUUAUGGAAUUCGUUAUGGAGCGGUUUCAAGUUUACGCCAGUGAAGAUGCUCGAUUUGAAGAAUCGCUUGCAAAUUUGCCAUUUGUACCGAGUAAAAAUAGACGGGCAAGAGCUAUGGAGCUUUUCGAUCCGGGGAUUGCGUUGUUAAAACGAAUGCUGUCCGAGGAAGAUGUUUUUCCUGUUGGUGAACAAUAUACAAACCCCGCCACCCUAGUAGUUCUAAAGAAACUUGGUAUGAAGAGUGAAAAGCAAAUUAGCGCAGACGAUCUAUACCGCAGUGCCAGAAAGAUCUCCCAAAUGUCAAAUUUGAAGGAAGCAAAGGAAAAAUCGGCGGCCAUACUAGUAUAUUUAAAGAGCAAUUCAACAAAGCUUCAACAAACUGUUUCUGGGGUAACGUUGAAACAACUUUUGCGAGACGUUCCAUGGGUAUCCGAAGUGAAAGAGAGGCCCUUCGGUGUUCCUGCUAGUCUUUACAAGACUGAAGAAACUGGCAUACCCUACUUUUAUAAGCCCACAGAAGUUACAUGUGAAGAUAAAGUUAAUCUUAUCGGAACAGUGACGCCCAUUGUAGGAGUACAUUCUUCAAGUCAACUGGCAAAAUGUUUCGGCUGGGAUAACAUGCCACAUGCAUUGGACGUGGUGAAACAUUUAAAAACAGUGAUCACUCACUAUGAUCCAGACGAAAAGCAAUAUUACAUUUCAACUGUCAAGGACAUCUACUCAUAUCUAAAUCAGGUCGCAGAUCCUGGAGUUAUCAAGAACGCUUUGCAGGGAAUUGAAAACUCGUGCUGGGUUUGGAAUGGAGAUGGGUUUUGUUCUCCUGAUGUUGUUCUUGCUGUAAGGCCUCCGAUUGAUCUUACCCCGUACAUUUGUUCGCUUCCCUCAGAGGUGAUGCAGUUUUCAAACUUUUUCUCGAAAUUUGGAAUGAGAGAGCACUGUGAUGCUCUGUUUUUUGUACAUGUUCUUCACCUGAUGAAACAGAAGUAUGCAUCUGCACGCGAGUAUCCAAGCACAGAGGUGAAAAGAGAUCUGCGGUUAUCUGCAGACAUCUUGAACGAGAUUAAGCCCAAAGAAGGCGAACAACUACCGACAGAAAUUCAAGAAAAAGUCCUUAUUCCAACCCACGUUGAAGGAGAUUCCUACUUGAGGCUUGCACCAGUUGAAGAUUGCAUGUACUGCGACCAUGAGUGGCUAGAAGAUGGCACAUCUGCUGAAGAAGAAACAGAUUGCUUUUUCGUGCAUCCAAUCAUUCCACAUAGUACUGCAGAACUUUUACAGGUUCGUACUCUGAGAAAUCAAUUGCUAGAGGCUGAUGAGAUAGGAGGUGAAUUUGGCCAGGAGGAAAAACUUACUCGCAGAUUAAAAAGACUUCUGGAGGAAUACACAGAUGGCUUCUCUGUACCAAAGGAACUAAUUCAGAACGCAGACGAUGCUGGUGCGACUGAGGUCAGAUUUCUUUACGAUGAAAGAACUAACGAAGAUGCUAUGACCUGUCUGAUUGACGAAGGAAUGAAAGAAUGUCAAGGUCCUGCUUUGUGGGUCUACAACGACGCUGAGUUUAGGAAUGACGAUUUUGAAAACAUUGUUAAACUUAAUGGUGGUACAAAAGAGCAAGAAAAUGAAAAGAUUGGAAAGUUUGGUCUUGGGUUUAACACAGUCUACAAUCUGACGGACGUUCCCAUGUUUCUUAGCAGAAACUACUUUGUAAUUUUUGAUCCGAACACCUUUUAUCUUCGAAAAGCCAUCAAAAAUAAAAGCAAGCCAGGAAUAAAAAUAGACGUCAACAAGAACCCGGAGAAAAAGCGAAAGUUUAGGAACCAAUUUAAACCUUUCAAUGGCAUCUUUGGUUGCGAUCUUCAUCUGAACAAACCUGACAACUCAUUCCCAGGAACCCUUUUUCGAUUCCCUUUGAGAACCAGGGAGCAAGCCAUAAGAAGUGAGAUAAAAGGCGUUCAUUACGACAACAACCAAAUGAGAGAGCUAUUAGAUAUUUUCGUGCGUGGAGCAAAACAUUUGCUCUUGUUUACGCAAAAUGUCUGUCAGCUAAGUAUAUUCCAUCUGCCUAGAGAAUCAGUGGAAGAGACACGACCUGAGCUGAUGUUUCAAGUUACCAAGUCAUUAUCAAAAGUAGGAAUCAUUAGAGAGUUGUCUGUCCCCGUUGACCUCUCACGACAUUUAAGGAAUGUUAGCGCUGAUGUUCUGCACCUCAUAAAACAGUGCAUUUUUCUACGAGCAUCAUCAGAAGUUGCAAAGUAUGCUAGGGGUGUCAAGGAAAUCGAUGAUCAUUUACUGAAGUCAGCCUAUACAGUCGACAUAACAGGCAACGUAACCGCAUUUGGACGCUCCUUUUUUGAGUACAAAAGCGAAAUAAAAAGUGUCUCUGAAGUUUGGUUUGUUGCAUCGUCAAUGGGCCGUGGCCAAGCAUUUAAAUUUUCAGUAAAUGACAAAGGCCUGCUUCCAGCAGCUGCAGUGGCUGUGCAGUUGAUACCUCAAGAGAGAGAGACGUUUGUACCAGAACCUGUUGGCGGUAUAGCUGCUGGAGGCAAACCGCCUCACAAUGGAACAGUGUUUUGCUACCUUCCACUUCCAAUUCACAGUGGUCUACCUGUGCAUAUAAAUGGAGCAUUCGCCGUAGACUCGAGCAGACGCCAUUUGAAGGAGAAGACUGAGGAUGACAAAACCUGCGUUGGGGUAGAGUGGAACAAUGUUCUUUUGAAGGACUGCGUUUGUGCGGCCUAUCUAGACCUUCUGGAAGACAUGAAGGUAGCUGACACUAUGUACUCUUUUCACUCUUUGUGGCCUAGGGAGCAUGACGUAGAACGAUGUUGUGAGCCACUUGCCCGUUCAUUCUAUGAAAAAGUUGCCGGUGGAGGUUUUUGCCUUUUUUCAGAUGGAAAAAGAUGGGUGGACAUCAACCAAGUGAUCUUUCUGGAGCCAGACUUUCGUCAUGAUCAACGUGUUGGAGACAUAUCGUUUGCAUUACUACAGAUGCUAGUCAACGAAAAUAAAGUAGUCGUUGACCUUCCAGGGGACGUCUUCAAAUCAUUCGUGAAGUACGGUCUCAAGGAAAAGAUCCAAGCUAAAACCUUCGGCAAGAGUAGGUUUUUCACUGAACUGUUUUUUCCAAACAUUCUUUCUGUACCGACCAAAAUUCGUGACGAAUUGAUCCUGUUUGCAUUGGAUGAUUCAAAGGGAGAAUUGGAUGAAUCGAUUAAAGCCUAUGCCUGUAUUCCAGUUUCACCCACUGGUAAAAAUCUUAAACGCCCUACCGAGCUUGUGAACCCAAACAAGGCAGCAGCUUCGCUUUUUCUUGAAAAAGAUGAAAGGUUUCCGUCAGGGACUACCAAAACCUUCCUCGAUUCUGUACGACUUGCUAAACUUGAACAGCUUGGAAUGGUGGGAGAUGAUCUCCCUUAG